CCAACCCGUCCGCCGACCAUUGGUACAGCGUGUCCUGAUCCUGCUGACGCCCUGCGGCCGUGCUCCCGAGUAUGCACAGGAAAUCUUCGAUGACGAAAUAUUCGAAAUUCAAAUUUCCAUGAUUGUUAUUCUCUUCUCCUUUUUGUUGUUUAUCGUGUAUGUUGUUGACGUAGAUCUACGAUCGGUCAACACGCUUAUUUGUUAGGUUUGUCCAGGGAGCCCUGGGUUUCUCCAUCACUGUACAUGUAGCACUGAAGCCUGGUAGGCGAGGAAGAGACACGUAAAGAUAAAAAUGGGUAGUCAAGAAUUAUUGGACCAAACGUUUGUAAGACGUGUGGCGCUUUGUGAUGAGGAUUUGGCGGAGGCCAGUGAUCUGGAGGCAGCCAGCUUGGACAUCCAUCAAAUGUCGGUCGGAGAUGUUGGAUGCGUCGUUUGGGAUGCUGCUAUUGUGCUCAGCCAGGUUCUGACUAGAUCCGAAGCCUUUCAAGACGUCACGUGGUGCGAUACAUUUGUCGUGGAGCUCGGAUCGGGAACGGGCCUGGUUGGAUUGGCCGCUGCACGGCUGGGAUGUGAGGUCGUCCUCACCGACUUACCGGAGUGCAUGGAGCUAAUGCAGUUGAACUGUGCCGCGAACAAGUCCAAGCUCCGCGGCUCAGCCAGAGCGGCUGUGCUGGCUUGGGGUGGUGAUGUAGCGCAGUUCGUGGAGUCUACUUGUUCGCGUCGACACAUCGAUCUUGUCCUGAUGGCAGACGUAAUCUACUAUGACGCGUCCAUUGGGCCGUUACUGGAAACACUGCAUGCUCUGUGCACGCAGAAUACGCAGAUAGUAAUGUGCUACGAGGAUAGAACAACUGGGAAUAAGGUAGAGCUCAAGGAGCAGUUCUUUCGGCGGGCCAAACAGCAUUUCCUCGUCGAGGAGCUGCCGCUCGAGGUAGCACCAGAGGACUACCGUUGCGCGGAGAUCCACGUUGUUGCGAUGAAGCUGCGUGAUGUAGCUACGUGAGCGGCAGCAGAGGUUUAAAUGGAGAGCUGGAGCAUUGUGCCCCUGCAAUUGAGAACAGUCUAGUGACAUAGCAACUGCGUUUGCUGGUGGCCUGUAUUCGUGCCCAAGUACGGCUUAGAAGUUCAGGCAGCCUGCUCUGCGUGGGGAGAUCAGUGAAGCGGUACUCGACUGACAGAACCGAAUAAUAUCCUACCACCCACCAGCGUUAUUCCUGGACUACCCGGUGGCUCUGAGAUGAAAUCGACACAUGCAGGCUGGCAUGUCACUGGUGGCGUGUGUAUGCCUGCACUCAGUAACUGGCUGAGCGUUGAGGUAACUCUUUCUACAAGCGCAAUAUGCAGAAGCUGCUACGUGGCCUGGACCACUUUAUCUUGCUGGAAGUAGCGUCUGUCUUAUCAAACCAAACGCAUGGCACAGCGCUCCCGGACCGGAGCGAAUCUGACUAUGGACGUGUUCUCUAUGGGUCCGAGUCAUUCAAGAAGGGUGUUGCUGCUACUAAGAUGUUUGUUGGUGAUCACGUGUUCUGCCAAGAGUGCACACCCCGCUCUUCUCCGGUCACUUCUGUGCUAUUGAAGGCCGCUGGCAAUACACAGCACGGAUCAAAGUCGUUUUAGGCUUUUACCGACGCCGCUGUCAGACAUCACAAGCAGUGCACAACUCUACAAGUCAAUUUACGUCAAUUUAUUUUUUAUCAGUGACUUGUAAUAGUCGAAGUCAUGUUCUUAUUUCUUUCUUUAAAGGAAUAUAAGUGCAGCAUUCCCACAGUUAUUUGCGAAUGUUUAAAAAAAUCAGUAUCUGUCUGCUAACUUAUGUGACACAAGAUCCAGCACUUCUCUGGUCACGUUUUAAAGAGUUGAUUUGUUGUAGGCUUC